AGGAGUUUGUGAUGGACGGCAUGCGGGUGCACCUUAUAGCAGACGGCCGAGAGGAAGCCACGGGCGCGAUGGGCGGUCCGCCUCUGUUACCUGCCGAGGGAGCCAUAUACCUCACUACCUACCGCCUCAUCUUCAAGGGCACGCCCACCGACCCUCUAGUUGGCGAGCAAGUGGUCACCCGCUCCUUCCCCAUCGCUUCCCUCACGAAAGAGAAGCGGAUCUCUGUUAAUCUUCCCAUGGAUCAGUUCUUCCAGGAGGUUCUCCAGCUGCGUUCCUGCACCUUUCAGCUGAUGAAGAUCGGCUUUGAUGAGGAGGUGGCAUCAGAUCUCGCAGAAGUGUUCAGGAAGCACAUGCAUAAGCUCAGAUACCCACAGCACGUCCAGGGCAUGUUUGCCUUCACCGUGGGUCAGUCUGCAAAGCUGGUGGUGGAGCACAAGACCAAGGACAAGAACCAGUCGCUAAAGUAA